CGACACUUAGAAAUUGGAUGACACGCGCUCUACCAUCGAUUUGGAAUAGUACAGGACAGUGAAGAACAGCACAGGGAAACGUCAGGUGAAUUAAUGAAACAAGCGUAUUUAACCUAACGUUGAAGGGAAAAGGAACAAAAUUCUAGUGAAAUACUAGUUCAGCUAAAACAAACAGGCGUGAAACUGGUACAUUAGGGAACAUCCGUGAGAAAAGAAAGACAAUUUUGCUGUAUCCUGAUACACAGGACAACCCAGUAAUGUUACUGAUGUCAAUUACAUCAAAUUGAAUGAUGGAUGAUACGGAAGAACAAUCGCAGAAACUUCAGUCGAACGAGGAAGUUAUAGAAGAGCUCACCAGAGAUCUAGAAAGUUCUUGUAUCGAAGCGGAUAAAAAUUCGGUGCAAAAUUUUACUUCAGACGCGGACACAAAUAAUAGUAAUGUAACUAGCGAUUCGUGGGAUGUUAUUAAUAAGGAACAUAACGGUAAUAAUAGUAACAAUGCGCAAAGCACAGACUUCUUGGAAGACAUAGACGAAGAACUCCUUAAGGACAGAGAAGUAGAUCUCACGGAAGCUGAGAAAGUGACAUUAAAAGAUAAGGCAGAAAAAUUGAAAAAUGAAGGCAACGUUCUCUACAAAGAUGGUGAAUACGCACAGGCAAUAUCGAUAUACACGCAAGGAUUGCAAACUUGUCCUUUAGCAUAUGAUAAAGAAAGAUCUAUAUUAUAUGCUAAUAGAGCAGCAGCUAAGACAAAAUGUCAGACUGAAAAAGACUCGGCGAUAUCUGAUUGUACAAAAGCCAUUGAGUUGAACUCGAGUUACGUAAAGGCUUACAUAAGAAGAGCACAGUUAUACGAGGAGACGGAUAAGUUAGAUGAAGCAUUGGACGAUUUCAAAAAAGUAUUAACCUUCGAUCCCAGCCACACAGAAGCUAACCAUGCAAUCAGGAGAUUGCCACCAUUAAUUAAUGAAAGGAACGAGAAAUUAAAGACAGAAAUGUUAAGUAAACUUAAGGACUUAGGAAACAUGGUAUUGAAGCCUUUCGGUCUCUCCACAAACAACUUUGAACUACAGCAGGAUCCUAACAGCGGUGGUUAUUCUGUAAAGUUCAAGCAAGACCCCAGAUAAGCUAGUUAUACAUGUGUAUAUAUAAAUAUCUUAAAAAUUCCUUAUAAAAACAAGAUAUAUUUAUAUAUACAUGAGAUAAGUCCUAUUAUAGGGGUUCCGUUUCUUUCUAGCUCUAAUAAAAUAUUAAUGAAAUAUCUGUAGAUAAA